AUGAUUGCGCCACAGUUUAACGAAGACAAUUCUCCUCAUCGACUUAUGAAUCCACAUCAGAACAGCAACGCACAGAGAUACUCUCAGAAUAACCAAUUAAUCAACCGCUCGGACAGUGAGAGUUCGAGCUCUAGCUCCGGAUCAGAGACAAGCUCUAGCUCCGACUCAUCGAGUGAUGAAAGUGGCAUAGAAACGGAAUCUUCCAAUUUGGAAUCCAACCUUGUUUCUUUGCCUUCGUCUAACAGAAGUUAUAAUUCCAACGCUGACGUCGCCAACGACGUGUUUAACAGCCACGCCAAUUCAAUCGAUCCGGAUAUGGCGAUGCUCCACAGCACCCAAUCAAAUACAGUUGGAAACGAUCAAGAUCCAACCAUCCCUCCUCCAAAUCUCCCUGUACAACCAGCAACAUCAUCUUCAACCAUUUCCUCUUCCUCCUCAUCAAAUCGAUCUCAAUCCGACGGCUUCAAAAGAACACUCGGCGAAAUUUGCCACCGCAUGGUCUUUCAGUCUCCAUCAACUCACGCAGUAACCGGCAGAGAAAAAGAAAUUUCAGAUAUCGCCUCUCAAUUAGUAGAAAUCAUGAGAAACGAGAACCCGACGCACUUCAAAAACUUCAGUGAAAAACUGAAAAGAGCGUUCAAAGAUCGCGGCUCAAACAAUCUUAGCAACAUCGAUUGGUUUCAACUUACAUUCGAGGACUUAAUCGACAAAGUCGUCGACAAUCCAACCUGGCGAUCACUUUUGAACACAUUGAACUGCUCAUACAUCGUUUUACAAGCGUGUAAAGAUGAUUUAUCCGUCCAACAGACAAAUGAACUCAAAUCGAGACUGAAGAAUGUCUCGGAAAAAUUUAUUGAAAGGCGUUUUCGCCGUUAUAUUGAAAGUAAUGGCGAUUGGGAAGGACUCAGAAAGUACCGCGAUCACGUGGUCAACUAUCAACAGCCAGACCCGAAUGAUCCUGGAGUCAUCGUCAGCGCCCUUGGAGUCAUCGCUGGAGUCGUCGGCGCGCUCGCCUUUUUUCGUCGCAGUUAA